AGGGGAAAAUAGACACAGCUCAGAGCGGGGUGGGUGGAUUUAGGCUCAGCAGCCAGACAGCAGACCGGCUGUCCCAGGCUGCGCUGAUCCUUCACUCUCUGCUUUGCUCCCUCCUCUACAUCACUGGCCACCUGCUUCUCCGAGAAUAACUCCGACCAGCUCCGGCCGAGCGAACCUCACCGCAGGCGACACAGGAUCCCGACCGGCGUCCCGAUCGCAUCUCUCCGGCGUCCGCACUCCCACUCUCCCCCUCCUGCGCUCCGGGCGCUCCAGGCGACGGGGACUUGUUGUCGCCACCAGCUGAGGAGCGCUCCGCCACCAGCAGCCGGGCAAAGCUCUCACUAAACCCCGGGCUUCCCCUGCCCUUCUCCUCCUCCUCCCCUCCCGGCCGUCCCCUCAGAGGAGCCACUUGCAUGGAUGCAGCAUGGCCACGUUUGUCUGCAGGGUUCAGUUUUUAGAUGACACCGAUCCGUUCAACAGCACCAACUUCCCGGAGCCGACCAGACCCCCGCUCUACACCUUCAGGGAGGACAUUCCUCUCAUCAACCAGUUAGCGGGCGUCCACCGGCUCCUCAAAGCGCCACACAAGCUCGAUGAUUGUACACUUCAGCUCUCCCACAAUGGAACCUAUCUGGACCUGGAGUCCUCGCUGGCUGAGCAACGGGACGAGCUGGAGGGCUUUCAGGCGGAUGACACAGGGUCCAGAGGGAAGAAGCACAGCGUUAUUUUGCGGACCCAGCUGACCGUCCGCGUACACGCCUGCAUUGAGAAACUCUAUAACUCCAAUGGACGGGACUUGAGGAGGGCUCUGUUCUCCUUAAAGCAAAUCUUUCAGGAUGACAAAGACCUGGUCCAUGAGUUUGUGAUGGCUGAAGGUCUGACCUGUCUCAUCAAGGUGGGAGCAGAGGCUGACCAGAACUACCAGAACUACAUAUUAAGAGGUAAAGCUCCUCUUCAUUACAUUCAAUAUAAAAGCGUAUAUCUAGAAUGUCAAAAGACAAUAUGUGGAUGA